GUAGUUCCUGAUAUAGAUAUCUGUAACUACAACCUGCUUGAUUUGAACGAUGACAACAGCGUUACCAAGGAAGAACUGGAUAUUCUGAUUCAAAGCACAGGACGAGUGGAAUUGGAGGAACUAUAUGAAAGCCUGGACCAGAAUAAUGACGGUAUAGUAGCACAGGAGGAGUACAUGAAAUUGUAUGAAGAUAUCUGCAAUGGAGAUUUGGAAGGAGCAGAUACCCAACAAAAGGACGAAUAAGAAGUCA